AUGCUCCAGCGCCACGAAGAGACUAGAUGCUCUCACUGCAACGCCUACCGCGGGACAGCCGAUUAUGAAGCCUCGGAAGGAAUCGGAUUUUCCAAUAUCAAGCCCGUCGUCAAAGGCAGCGACAACCUCCUAGCCGCCCUCGAGCGUUCCAUCUGGCUACAAGCCGACACAAACGAGGUACUGGAAUGCACCAACUGCGAAGAGACCGGAGCAACAACCGCAAGGCAAAUCGAAGCCGCACCCGAGUAUCUGCGCAUCCAUCUCGAUCUAUCAAAAGAAAACAAAAACCGCAAACCCGCAGACAUCAAAAACAGGACUCCAAUCCAGAUACCAGACACGCUCAACCUCACACACCGCGCCCGCACUCCAGAAGCAGGACAGGCAGCAUGGCCCCUACAAUACAAGCUCAUCUCCGUCCUCUACCACGCCGGAGAUACCGUGACGACCGGGCACUGGACCGCGGGCGUCUCGCGUCCCAUUCCGAAGCCGCAACGAGGCAAGAGGGACCCGAACGCACCGUCGGCGGCAUACUACUUCUGCAACGAUGAGACAACUCAAGAAUGGCCGGCAGAUGGUGGUGUGAAUCCGUUGACGAUGAAUCCGGCGGGAAAGACCGAGGGUGAGUUCAACGCUGUUGUGCUCAUGUACGAGAGGCUGCCGAGAGUGGCGCCGAAGAAGGAUUACACUGCUGAGUUGGGGACUGAGUUGGAUGGCACAUACUAUAGAACUAGCAAGAAGAAGGGCGAUGGGAAGGAUGAAGGUGGCAACAAGCGGAAGAUGGCCGAUGGCGGGGACGAGAAGGGGUUGAGGAGGUCGAAGAGGUUGAAGGAGAAGGACAUGUAA